CUUCGCGAGCGGCUCGAGGAGUCGCUUGGUAAAUCAUUACACGAUUAUCGCCACUUUAUCGAGAAACAGGUGCUGCAUAUAUAUGGCCAGAUGGACGAGGCCAGUGUGAUCUUUGAUCAUCUUUUGCUCGGCACUACUUUCAAUGCGUCCAACAAGGCAGAACUGGAGCGCCGCGAGGUCUCGCACAUUUUGAAUGUUACUCGUGAAGUGGACAAUUUCUUUCCGGCAGAUGGAUUUUCCUAUAAGAACAUUAGAGUAUUUGAUGAAGAAGAAUCGCAGCUUCUGCCUUACUGGGAGGAAACGCACCGGUUCAUCAAUGAGGCAAGGUAA